AUGCCUCAGCAGGCCCUGCACCGCGUCACAGGGCAGGGUAGCCUCGGGACCUGGUGCCUCCUGGCUGGCCUCGUCUUGUCCUGGAACCCCGCCCAUGCAAGGACAGACCCCGACACUGUGCUGGCCCUGCAGGAGGCCGGGGCCGAGCUGGCCUGCGCCGUGCCCGCCUGGAACGAGAGCGGGGACCCCUGCAGCGCGGCCACUUGCGGCGCAGCGGGCUGCCGCGGCCUGCGCCGCCUGGACCUGUCCUCCAACGCGCUGUGGGGUGGCGUGCCCGACGCGCUGGGCGCGCUGGGCGCGCUACGGUACCUCGACCUGGGCGGCAACGCGCUGACGGGGACGCUGCCCGCCGCACUCGGGCGGACCGCACUCCAGACGCUGCUGGCGGGAGGCAACGCGCUGACCGGGCGCCUGCCGCCCUUCUGGGCCUACGCUGGCAACCUGGCACGCGUGGCCUUGGCCGGCAACGCGCUGACAGGCACGCUGCCGGCGGACUGGGGGCGCCUGGCCGCGCUGCGCAGCCUGGAUCUGGGCGGGAACGCGCUGACGGGGACGCUGCCGCCCGCCUGGCUGGCGCUGCCGCGCCUGACCCUGCUGGGCCUGUUCAACAAUUGCGGCAUCUGCGGCGACCUGCCGGCGCAUGCAGCCCCGGCCUCGUUGCACCUCGAGGCGGCCGGGACCGCGCUGGGGCAGCCCUGCUCCCCCGCCAACUGCCACGGCGGCGACGGGGCAGGGGUCCACAGCGGGCGCAUCUCCACGCAAACGGUGGUGCUGACCUCGGUGCUGACGCUGGUGGCGGUGACGGGCGUCCUGCCCACCCUGGCCAUCCUCUGCCUGCGCUACGUCGUGCACGACAGUGUUGCGCCUGAUGCCAUCUGA